AUGAUCACCUGUACACCUUCAACGGGCGAGCUCUCAGUUCAUUUGGACAUCAAUGCCAUCUUCCCAGACCGCAGCCUCCAGGGCGUCUCAAAAGUGACUGUGGAGAUCAUCGAUGUGGACGACAACCCGCCUCGGUUUGACAACCAGAAGGUGUGGAAACGACAUUUACGCGAAGCCCUUUACCGUAAAGGCAAGAAGAUUGAUCUACCCAAGGCGCAUGACAUUGACUUACUUCCUGAGCAUCGACUCAUCCGCUACACUCUUGAGCACCAUUCUCCUGCUGCUGAGGAGAUCUUUCACUUCGAAGUCAGCAGCAGUGAAACCCCAACCCUGGUCUUGCUAAAAGACCUAGAUGCUGAGACGCAGGAAUACUUCAACAUGACCCUCUUAGCCUUCAACCCCUCCAGGCGUCCACACUUUCCCAGCAUGUACAUGGGAGACAGGAGCUCUGAGCAAUUGGAGUCUCGCCUGCAAGUGGAGAUUUAUGUGGUGGACAUGAAUGACAACGAGCCUUACUUUGAGAAGUCCAUCUACAACGUAACUGUGCCUGAGGAUACUUUGCUUGGGACAACUAUCUUUCAGGUAUGCCAUUAG